AUGGACUCUGCAUCAGCAAGUCUGAUUUACGAGAUUCUGAAGCGUGACAUCGCAGCCGAGCUGGAUCGCAUCAAGCGUGUCAAGGUCACGCAGCCAGAUUUAGAUUCGCCAGACCACGAGGCCGCGCUUAAAUCAUGGGAAAGAGAGAUAGAUCACUUUGAAACACGGCCUCGGGAGUUCAUCGCUGCACUUGAAAGAGCCAAUACAAUUGAAUAUCCUCAACCUGGCAAUGUUUUUGACGGAAACCACGACGGUGACAGUGUCGAUGACAAUGACGAUCACAAUGACGUGGGCGAUAGUGUUAGCACGGAUUUCUCGGAAGAAAGCGAAGGUGAUUCAGAAGUCGAUCAGUUAAUAGAGACAUUCGUCACGGAUUCAGAUGAUGAGGUGUCUAUAGUAUCUCGCAGCUCUACCCUGACUUUGCUAUCCGCAACACCGUCCCUACCGUAUUCUGGAACCGAUGCACCUACAUCCGACCUGCAUAGAUGUAUUGCAUGCACGGAAAGCCUUCCAGAUCGGGAUAUGAUCAAAUGCCAAUGUCCCCACUAUUACUGCAACAGUUGCAUUCAAAUCUUCGUGGAAGCUGCGUUGGCAGAUAUCUCCAUCUUCCCACCAAAGUGCUGCAGCACACCUAUUCCUUGGCCCACGAUCAAGCCAGCACUCAAAGGUACCAUGGCACAAAGGUUCGAAGAGCGCCUCGCCGAGGUGAAUAAGUCAGCACUGCCAGUGCCACAAAUCAUCUGUUCCAAUAAGCACUGCCUUGCACUAAUUCCAGCCGACAAGGUACAGGAUCAUGUUGGGAUUUGCUCAAAGUGCAAGCAGAGCACUUGCACCUUCUGUGAGAAGGCAUCUCAUGCUGGUGAUUGCAACAAUAAAAAGGACUGGAAUAAGUUGCAAUCUACAGCAAAGCAAAACAAGUGGAUGAUGUGUCCGAACUGCAAGGCUUUCGUGUCACGCACGUAUGGCUGCAACCACAUGAAGUAUAUAUGUCUUGACCUAAAAAAUAUGACGAGUCAAUGCUAA